UCCAUUCUUCCAAACCAAACAGGCCAACUGCCACAACAAAAAACUCCGCCUUAAAAACUACCUUAUAGCAUCUCUUUUUAUACCGGAAAAAAAGAAGCAUUUCUCCGGCCUCAAAUCUAAUACAGAUAUAAAUCUUAGAACAAAUCUAAAUCUGCAGGAAGAACAAACAACAAAGAGGGAAAAAAAGCAAAAGAGAAAAUGGCGACGAUGGCGAGGACAAGCACUGGCCUCGCCUACCCUGACCGGUUCUACGCGGCGGCUUCUUUUGCUGGAUUCGACGGAUCUCCCAAUUCCGCUAACAAAGACAUCACCUCCAAGUUCUCCAACGAAGUCUCUUUGAUCCUCUACGCCUUAUACCAGCAGGCUACUGUAGGUCCUUGUAAUGUUCCAAAACCUAGUUCUUGGAGUCCCGUCGAGCAAGGCAAAUGGAAAAGCUGGCAGCAGCUUGGAAACAUGGCUUCUACAGAAGCUAUGCGUCUCUUUGUGAAAAUAUUGGAGGAAGAAGAUCCAGGAUGGUAUUCAAGGGUAUCUAACUCUGUUGAGCCUAUUAAAGACGUACCGAUGAAUAAUAAUUCAAAUGUUGAGCCUUUCAUUGAGAAUGGGAAUUCCUUUGCGGAGACAAAGACCGUUUCUGCUGAAAUUGGAAACCUGAUGGAAGCUCAGGACAAAGAUGUUGUAUCAGAAGGCCUUGGUUCAGUUGUCAUAUAUGAUCAAUGGGUUUCACCUCCAAUAACUGGUCAACGUCCUAAAGCCCGAUAUGAGCAUGGAGCGGCAGUUGUUCAGGAUAAGAUGUAAUAUGGUGGAAACCACAAUGGUCGCUACCUGAGUGACCUUAAUGUUCUAGAUUUGAGAAGUUGGACUUGGUCAAAGGUUGAAGCUAAUAUUGGAUCUAAGUCAGUGGAAUCACCAUCUCCCGUAAAUGUAACCCCAUGUGCUGGUCAUUCAUUGAUCACUUGGGAGAACAAGCUUCUGUCAAUUGCUGGCCACACAAAGGAUCCUUCUGAAACUAUCCAGGUGAAGGCAUUUGAUCCACAAACUGGUUCAUGGUCAAUAUUGAAGACUUAUGGGAAAGCACCGGUCUCUCGCGGAGGUCAAUCUGUGACCCUUGUUGAAUCAACACUAGUGAUAUUUGGUGGACAGGAUGCAAAGCGAACUCUCUUGAAUGAUCUACAUAUACUUGACCUAGAAACCAUGACCUGGGAUGAUUUUGAUGCUGUGGGGGUACCUCCAUCACCCCGGUCUGAUCAUGCUGCUGCUGUACAUGCAGAGCGUUAUCUUCUUAUUUUUGGUGGGGGUUCACAUGCAACAUGCUUCAAUGAAUUGCAUGUCCUAGAUUUGCAAGCGAUGGAAUGGUCGAGGCCCACACAACAAGGGGAGAUACCAACUCCUAGGGCUGGUCAUGCAGGUGUGACUAUUGGGGAGAACUGGUUUAUUGUUGGUGGUGGAGACAAUAAAAGCGGUGCAUCAGAAACUGUUGUCCUUAACAUGUCAACCCUUGUUUGGUCAGUUGUCACAUCAGUUGAAGGGCGUGUUCCUCUUGCUAGUGAGGGCCCAAGUCUGGUUGUAGGAUCCAUCAAUGGGGAAGAUAUACUUGUAUCUUUUGGAGGAUAUAAUGGGCGUUAUAACAACGAGGUUAAUGUUCUUAAGCCCAGUCAUAAGUCUACUUUGCAAUCAAAGAUCAUGGAGUCCCCUAUUCCCAACAGUGUUUCUGCUGUGCAUAAUGCCACAAAUCCUACCAGAGAUUUGGAAUCUGAGCUUGAAGUUGGUCAGGAAGGAAUACGAGAAAUUGUUAUGGAUAACAAUGAUCCGGAGCCCAUGAAAUUCAAAUGUGAGGAGACUAGUCAGCGCAUUACAGCAGCGCUCAAGGCGGAGAAGGAAGAACUAGAAUCAUCACUCAACAAGGAGAAAUUGCAAUCUCUCCGGCUGAAGGAAGAACUAACUGAAGCUGAAACUCGAAACAUGGACCUGUACAAGGAGCUCCAAUCCGUACGUGGUCACCUUGCUGCCGAGCAAUCAAGAUGUUUCAAAUUAGAGGUUGAUGUUGCGGAACUGCGACAAAAGCUUCAGACUAUAGAAACACUACAAAAGGAACUCGAACUCCUGCAACGACAGAAAGCUGCAUCCGAACAAGCCUUAAAUGCAAAGCAGAGGCAAGGAUCAGGUGGCGUAUGGGGUUGGCUCGCAGGCAGCCCUCCGCAAAAUGCCGCCGACGAUGCCUGAGAAGCCUAAUUAAACAGAUUGAUCCAUUUUUAGUUCAAAUACAUAUAGUUUUCUACUAAAUCAAAGUUCUUACUAUGAUGGGAUUAGUUAGCCCAAACCCAAAUCAACCGUCGAGGGUUUUUUUUGCAUGUCUGCGUAGAUUCUAGUUUCAGUUUAUAUAGUCUUUACAUAUAUGGCCGUGGAUCCAAUAGUUUUCUUUUUGGCAAUGUCGUAUCAGAAUUUGUGUUCGUAGUAUACUUUGGUUACUUGAGUGAAAAUUGAU